AUAUGAAUAGCUUGUAUUUAGCAUUCCUCAUAUUGCUGAGUGCUGUCUAUGUGAGUUCAGAUUCGGCAGAAUUUGUUCAAAAUUGUUAUGAUAAAUUGACCGGUUCCAGCAACCCUGAAAAUAAGCAAAGUAUCAGUCGGUUGAACUAUUGCAUUUAUAAAUUGCAAAUCACUAAGCCGUGUUUAAAUUGGACAUCAAAUUCUUCAAACACUGUAUAUUCUCAAUCACCGUUUGCAGGAAGUAAAGGAGCUAUAGAUACACCAAAAAGAGUAAGGAAAGAAUAUAGGUUGCUCAGUGAAAGAGAAAGAAAUGAUUUCCAUCGUAGUAUUCAUCUUUUAAAACAAGAUACGAGUAUGUCACCAAAUGUAUACGAUGCGAUCGUCUUCCUGCACACUGGUGAAACUGCAAGAAAUGCCCAUGGUGGACCUUCAUUUCUUCUCUGGCACAGAAUCUAUUUGAAAAUGAUGGAAGAUGCACUUCGUGAAAAAGUGCCAGGUGUAACAAUUCCAUUUUGGGAUCCAACUCUUGACAGUUCUCUUUCUAAUCCUCGAGAUUCCACUAUGUGGUCAGAUGAGUUAAUGGGAACUAUCAAUGGUUUCGUCACUAAAGGGCCGUUUGCUAAUUGGAAAACACCAGCUGGUAUUCUGAUAAGGAACGGAGGUUUCAGUAGAAGGUUACCGACACGUAGUAACAUUGAAGAUGUUCUCACUCGAACGAAACUUGAAGAGAUCUCUGAACCUAAUGCGCAAGAACAAUAUAACUUGGAAUUCAUGCAUAAUUCUAUGCAUGUUGCUAUUGGAGGUCACAUGAGUAUGAUACCAUCAUCGCCCAUGGACCCAAUGUUCUGGCUAGUCCACAGUUACAUAGAACUUGUUUACACGCGUUUCAAUGAAAACCAAAGGCAACACAACGUUAAUCCUGCAACAGAUUAUCCUUCGGAUUAUGGUUUAAAUGUUUAUGCCCCUAAUCAAAGUAUUGGUCUUAUGAAUUUAACCGUUGCAGAAGCAUUAAAAAAUACUAGUUCUUACCCUUUUUUUUACAAAUAUGACUAUACUUACCUAGGAAACUGUACUCUCAAUCCAAAUUUAUGUAAUUCUCCAUAUUUAACCUGCAAUAAUGGUAGAUGCGAGUCAAAAUCUAGAAAAUCACCAGGUUGCAGUACCGUCAUCCCCUAUCAGAAUACGUUUUGUGUUAACCGUAGAUGCGAUGUAGAUGAAUGGGCAUUUAUUCCGGUCGAAAUUAUUUACGAACGACCUUUCGACACGAUGAAAUUUGGAAAUUUCCCGGUGAAUCAUGGGCUUCCGAAUUUACUGAAUGAUCUGUACGAUGAUAAUCAACCCCUAAAUUCCUCGUCCCGUAACUCUACUGAAAAUAAUUGUCAAAACAGUAAGUGCUGUAGUCCCGCAGGUAGACUCAACGUUCAUACCAUGGGUAUAAAUUAUUUUGGAACCUAUCAAGAAAUGGUGAUAGUUGACCGUAGAUUAGCUGUAUCAUCGGAUAUAACCUAUGUCGGUAUAAGAAACCCCGAGAAAAACCACAGUGUGAUUUUUAUCACAGCUUCAGAACAAUGUGGAAGAAUAUGUCGUCCUUCUUGUUUAGUGCCGGGUUCAAAUCCAUCGAGAUACACACCAUGUUUGGGCCUAUUCAACAUAACACGUAACAACGCUACUUUCUACAGUAAAACACUCGCAGAAGCUUACAUGAAAGUGUGGGAUUAUAAAAACCAGAUACGACCGAAAGUAAGACAUGAAAAUAUUCCAAUAGUGUUCCUUUGUGAUGACAGCCGGUGGCCAUUUAACAACAACACCAAUACAACAACAACCACAACAUCACCGUCAACAAGGGCAACGACUACUACAUCGACAACAACAACCACAGCAUCAUCAACGACAACGUCAACACGUAUACAAACAACUGCCAAACUGACUACAACACCACCAACCACAACACCAUCUGCUACUACUGCAUCUACAACAACACAUGUAUAUUGGCCAAGAAAAUGCUACAUAAACCAGGAAUGUGUCAUUGCCAAAGGAUGUAACUGUAUAUCGAUGGACAAACAGCCUUGCUUACAAAAGUGUUCCCAUUACGCUUUGUGCAUACAGGGCAUUUAUACAGUGUCUUCGUGUGGCUACGGUAGAAGGUUUGAGCCGAGUUUAAGAAGAUGUAUUUCUGGACGUUGUCCAUAUUAAAUGUAAGGCUACUGCAAUAUUCCCAACGAAACUACAGAAGUCGGAUUUUCCUCUACGACUGAUUUUUGCAUGGUAAUGUUUGGCGCAGGACAUUCUCCAACAGCGUUACAUGGAUUCAUAUAGAGCUGAACAGACGAAAGGAUGGAUGAUGGUGUAGAAGACAGAAAUGUAUAGAUUACUGAAUGUUGAGAAAGAAAAUUCUAUGGGAUUCGGUUUGUAGCUUUCAACAGAUGCCCAUUGAAGAAGUUUCU